AUGUUCACAUUUCUUCCGACAACUAUCUUUUUGGCUGCUUUCUAUACCUCUGGGCCCAUCCGACAUGGAGGAACGCGCGAGUAUUUGUAUGAAGGCUCCGAUUAUCCCCAGAGAUGGGAUAUUCUGCCCUUAGAAAACGUUCAAAUAACAAUCGAGAAUUCCGUACAUUUUGCGCUCGACUCUCCCUUGGGUGGUUUGGAAUGGAACAGCACUCUUCCAUCAGGAGGCGGCUUUCUGUACUUGGGAGAGAAUCUGGAGCAAUUCAGCAUCUCCACAUUUCACCAGCUACGAUGCCUUGACAUUGUACGCCAGGGCUUGGUGAAGUUCCGGAAUGAAGGGCGACGGCGCACACCCAACGCUCUUGUUCAUCACUGUAUGAACUACCUUCGUCAGAUGAUACUAUGUCGGUCUGAUUUGCGCUUGGAGCACGGGCGCCAUCUUUUGAGGGGGAUAGCGGUGUCGGACGUGACGCACAGUACGUGCAAGGACUGGGGUCCUGUGUUCAAGGCUGCGGAGGACAAUUAUCGCAAUUAUGUCCAGAAGUUAUCUGGGAAGAAACAUGUAUGA